AAUACGUAAAGUGAGCAUUUCCGUUGGACUUGCUAUAUAAACCCGUAAUUUCACUGGCGGCUCUCCUUAACCUAAUUUUGAAAUAAAGUUCCAUUAGAAAUGUGAUGCAGGUUCGUUAAGAUUCUGUGGGGCCCUGGUGAUGAGUCUGAUCUGGUUUCUGAUGGGAUGACUGUACCUAAUAAGGUGGGGUCCUGCAGUGUCAGCACCACGCUGUUUCCAGUGAAAGGCUUUGUAAUAACUGGGACGCUGAGAGUUUAAAACAUGAGCAACACGUGUGUUGUGCCUCAAGGGCAGUGUGAGGGAGAGAGGGUGCGGGCGUCCGAAGGAAGACCUGCCCCGCCCCGAGGAGGGUGCGAAUGCACAAGGAAGUGAUGCUUCUCCGUCUGUGCAUUUACUGAGCGCGCUCACGUUAAAACUGUCAGUCUGUCAGGAACUACCUAGGAAGAAGGAGGCAAGAGAGAAGAGACAAACAAAAAAGAGAGAAAAAAUAAAACUGCAUAGGAUAGUGACAAAAGGGCAGGGUGAGAAAGAAAGCAAGUAAGAAAGGGAGAGUGACAGAAAGAAAGGAUAAACAUGGAGAGAAAGAGAGCGAGUCAAAUGGCACAAUUAGGUUGUGUCCUGUUCCUGUGGUUCACCGUUCCACUGGGCAGAACUGUCCAUGUGUCCCCUGGAUUUUCGGUCCCUGGGGACAUCAACAUUGCUGGACUCUUUCCCAUCCACAAGGGCAUCCUCAACACCAGCCUCACACACCCAGCACCCCCUGAGUGUAUAGGGCUGAACUUGGUAGGGCUCAACAAGGCCCUGGUGAUGAUCCAGGCAGUGGAGUCCAUUAACAAUUCCCCCAUGUUGGGUGGGAUCAAACUGGGGUACUGCCUUUUUGACUCCUGCUCUGAUGUCACCACUGCUCUGUAUGUCACUAAGUCUAUAAUGGACCCAGCUGGAGGCUGUGGGGCACAGAUGAAUUCCUCGUCCGGCCCUCGACCCAUCAUGGCCGUCAUUGGAGCCACCAUCUCCGAAGUUUCCAUUGCAGUUGCUAGGCAACUGAAUCUGGAGCUCAUCCCGCAGAUAAGUUACGGGUCAACAGCCUUAAUACUAAGUAACAAGGACCGUUUCCCAGCAUUCAUGAGGACUGUGCCCAGUGAUAACCACCAGACGAAUGCCAUGGUGAAGCUCCUAAGAGCCAAUGGGUGGAACUGGGUGGGCAUUGUCACCACGGACGGGGAAUACGGACGCGCUGCUCUCAACAGCUUUGUGUCCCAGACGGCAGAAGCCGGGAUCUGCAUCGCCUUCAAAGAGAUCCUUCCCGUCAUUCUGUCUGACAGCAGCUAUGAGGACAAGAUCUCACGGGCAGUGAAGGCCAUUCGUGCGGACCCAAAGGUCAAGGUCAUUGUUGCGUUUGCCACCCCCACUCACAUGCAGGCCAUAUUCAGCUCUUUGGGUGGGGGGGCUCAGGGCAAAGUUUGGGUUGCCAGCGAUGCCUGGUCCACCUCUGAGAGUGCAUUGGGAGGGCGAAGUUUGAGCAGCGUCGGGACGGUGGUGGGAUUCACCUUCAAGAGUGGGGACACCCCUUCUUUUCUUCGCUACCUGAGGGGCCUGAGGCACCUUCAAGAGCCCCCAAAGAACAGCUCCUUCGUGAAGGAGUUACGCGCAUGGCAGAACCACACCAAGGCCCAGGGAUGGCUUCCCACAAAAACACUGAUGAACAACAUAAAACCCGAGUCCAUCUUCAGCAUAAACUUGGCCAUCAGUGCAGUCGCCCAUGCUGUGGCAAAGCUCUGUUCUGUGAAAGACUGCAGAUCAUCCAAGGACUUGCAUCCCUGGGAGUUACUGACAGAACUAAGGGAAUCCACAUUUCAGAUGGAAGGGAAAAACUACACAUUUGAUUCCAAUGGAGACUUGACCCUAGGCUACGACAUCACCUUGUGGAGUUCAGACAAGGGAGUCGUCAGUGUCAAUGAUGUUGUGGCCCAGUAUGACAUUCGGACCCGCAGCUUCUCCUAUACAAGUCAGGACACCAGGGAGAAAAUCUUGGACUUAAAGAAGGUAGAAUCAAGGUGUUCACCUACAUGUCAACCUGGGCAGUUUAAGAAGACAGCUGAAGGCCAGCAUGUUUGCUGCUAUGAGUGUAUGAACUGCACAGAAAAUCACUUUUCCAAUGACACAGACACAGAUGAAUGCUUCAGCUGUGAUACAGACAUUGCAUGGGCCCCAGCUGGACAUACUUACUGCAUACACAAGACUCUGGAGUUCUUCACAUGGGAAGAUGGGUUUGGGAUGGUCUUAUUGGCACUGGCCACCCUGGGGAUCCUGCUGGCCUACAUCAUGGUAGUGCUCUUCCUCAGACAUCGGCACACUCCAGUUGUGAAGGCUGCUGGUGGCCCCAUCUGCUACCUGAUGCUCCUGUCGCUGGGCGGCAGUUUCAUCAGCACUAUACUCUUUGUGGGCCGGCCGACCAACCUGCAAUGCCAGGUGAGACAGGUGCUGUAUGGGGUCAGCUUCACCUGCUGUGUCUCCUGCAUUCUGGUCAAGUCCCUCAAGAUCCUGCUGGCUUUCCACUUCAAGUCUAGUGUCCGGACAGCCCUCCACAGGCUCUACCGGCCAUAUUGGAUCAUCGGAGUGUGUGUGGGGUUACAGGCUGUCCUCUGCACACUCUGGCUGGUCCUCUGCUCCCCUAGGGUGAGCAACAUACCCAACCCCACCACCAUUUUGGUAGAGUGCUUUGAGGGCUCCUACGUUGCAUUUGGGGCCAUGCUGGGGUACAUCGCCGUUCUGGCACUCAUGUGCUUCGGCUGUGCCUUCAAGGGGCGGAAGCUGCCCGAGAACUACAACGAGGCCAAGUUCAUCACCUUUGGCAUGCUCAUCUACUUCAUUUCAUGGGUCACCUUCAUCCCCACUUACGUCACCACCAGUGGGAAGUACCUGCCCGCUGUGGAAAUGGUGGUCAUUCUGAUCUCCAACUAUGGUAUUCUGAGCUGCCACUUCUUCCCAAAAUGCUACAUAAUACUCUUCAAAAAGGAGACAAACACUAAGGAUGCCUUCUUCAAGACCUUAUACGAAUUCUCCUCUAAGUCAUCUGGCAAAAGCAACACUGACAACUCAAUGAGUAAGAACCCUCCAAUGCACUGCUCUGUUGUCAGUGCACCUUCUGCCAAAUUUUCCAAAAAAGAAGUGCUGAGUAGGGCACUGGACCACUUCACCUCCCAAAAGAGUUCAAAUGUGCUGCUGCCAGUCCACUCACUCAAGGCCUUUUGUCGGAGGAGAAAUGCCAGCAUAUGAAAAAAGGAAUGGCAGUUUCUUGGCAUUGUUUAGGUGCCAAAAAGAAAAACAUGUCCUUGACUGAGAAUUAGCUAUAGCGCAUUGUUAAUAUUUCAAUAUUUGAUGCAAAAUAUGAUCUUAGAUAAAAAAAAUGUAUCCAUAAAAUUAUAAUGCUGUUUUCACAUGUUGCAACAUCAUUAAUUCAUUCUAGAAUGGCUUUUCAGUUAAGUUGGGACUGAAGUCACACCCACAGUGUCUGAAUGCAUGUUCAGUUCAAACAAAUAAAAACAUGGAGAACAA